ACAAGCAUUUGAUGUUUCAUUGUUGCUGUAAAUUGCUCUUUGUUCCGCGUUUUAUUGUGGUCGCUGCUUUAUCAGUGUUGUUGAAAAUUCUUUCUGGUCGGCAUCAUAACAAAGAAGGAAUCGAAGAAGGGGACGUUUCCGCUCAAAUAUCAUUGUUUUCCGGCGAAAUUAUCGACGAACAUUGCAAACCCAACUUUUAUGACAGCUUUAACAAGAAUGGUCCUGCUGCCUUGAAGAGAUGGAUUGUGCGUCUGUGGAUAAAGUGAUCCAUCGCUCGGAAAUUCGGAUUAAAGAAUCUUUCAGGAAAAUGGCAGAGUUUCGGCAGCAAGGUCAGUUCACUGAUGUAGUUCUUGUUGCCGGAGAUAAAGAGAUCAAGGCACAUAAAAUCGUUAUAUGUUCCUUAUGUGACUAUUUCAGUGCCAUGUUCACAGGAGAGCUAGCAGAGACACGUCAAAAUGUUGUGACGAUAAAUAAUAUCGAACCAGAGGCGUUGGAAGCACUGAUAAAUUAUGCUUAUACUUCUGAGCUGGAAAUAAGAGUUGACAAUGUCGAGAGCCUUCUUGCAUCCUCGUCUAUACUUCAAAUAAAGGAUGUCAGGGACGCAUGUUGUGAAUUUAUGAAAAGUCAAUUGCACCCGUCCAAUUGCUUAGGUAUCAGAGCCUUUGCAGAUGCGCAUAGCUGCGAGCAAUUGUUCUCCAUUGCGGAUAAAUAUACUCAAGACCAUUUCUUGGAUGUUUGUAAAAACCAGGAAUUUUUUUUGCUAAAUAGUGGCCAGCUAUGUGAUAUUUUAGUAGGGGAAGACAUUAAUGUGACAAGCGAGGAGCAAAUAUUUUCCUGUGUUUUGAGCUGGAUAAAUCAUGAUUACGAGGCUAGAAAGUCUGCUAUCGGGGACAUUUUAAUGCACGUUCGUCUGCCUCUUUUAUCACCGAAAUUUCUAGUGGAUGAAGUGGCCCGAUUUCCCGCCAUUGCAGAGAACGCUUUUUGCAAAGACUUACUUUUGGAGGCCAUGAAAUACCACCUUGUCCCAGAGAAACGAGAGGAGCUUACAAACUUGAAAGCCAAGCCCAGGAAAGGGACUGUUGGUGUUCUUUAUGCCAUUGGUGGUAUGGAUUCUUUAAAAGGCGCUUCGUUAUGCAUUGAGGAGUACAACCCUCGUUCCAAUGUUUGGAAGCAAGUGGCUACCAUGGCAACCCGUCGCUUACAGUUUGGUGUUGCUGUUCUUGAUAAUAAACUAUACCUCACCGGUGGAAGGGACGGCCUUAAGACGCUGAAUAAUGUUGAAUGCUAUGACCCAAAGACAUGUGAAUGGACGACUCUUGCACCCAUGCUGACCCAUCGACAUGGAGUUGGUGUCGCUGUUUUGGGUGGUCCCAUUUAUGCAGUUGGUGGACAUGAUGGAUGGUCUUACCUCAAUACAGUUGAGAGAUAUGAUCCCCAAACUGGACAGUGGAAGUUUGUUGCCCCGACGAACACCCCCAGAAGUACAGUGGGUUGCGCUGUUUUAGAAGGGAAGCUGUACUCGGUGGGUGGUCGAGAUGGAUCAUCCUGUCUUAGCUCUGUCGAAGUAUACGACCCAUACACUGACAAGUGGUCCAUGGCUGCACCUAUGCUGAAGCGCCGAGGAGGAGUUGGUGUUGCCGUCUUAAAUGGCUAUCUCUACGCCCUUGGUGGGCAUGACACGCCAUGCAGUCAAGACAUCUCGAAGCAGUUCAGCUCAGUUGAAAGAUACGACCCUCUUGCAGAUCAGUGGUCACUUGUUGCAGCCAUGAGAAAUUGCCGAGAUGCUGUCGGACUCGCAGCGCUAGGAGAUCGUCUCUAUUCUGUAGGAGGCUACGAUGGCCUCAAGUACUUGUCUGCUGUGGAGGCCUAUGACGCCGAAACCGAUGUUUGGGAAAAAGUUGCCCCUCUCACCAUACCAAGGGCUGGAGCUUGUGUUGUUGCUGUGAAAUAAGCCAGUGCUUCUAUGAAAGCACCUCCUUGUAAGCCAUGUGUUUGCUGCGGCCUUGUUUCCAUCGUGUCUGUUAUACUUAUCCGCUGGUAUGACGUCAUUGGCACGAGGAAAGAGAAGCCAAAAUCGGAACAUUGGAUUCGACCCACGAGUAGUUCAGUAAAAGUGACAGAAUGCCUGAUAACUGAUCAUAUGCAGAUGUAUUCCUAAAUUUUUUAAAGAACAAAUGAUAAUGAAUAAAUUUGAAACCCAUUGUAAUUUAUUUUACUUAACUGUUUGUCCGGCAACCUGAUGUUGUCACUUGUGCAUAUGAUAACGUUUAGAUUAACCCUUGCAAGAAUGGGCAAUGCUUCAAUCAACUUGCUACGGUGGCCCACAGGUGCCACGGCAAAACUUUCUUUCUCACGGCAAAACUUACUUUCUUACGGCAAAACUUACUUUCUCACGGCAAAACUUUCUUUUUUCACGGCAAAACUUUAUUUCUCACGGCAAAACUUUACUUCUCACGGCAAAACUUUCUUUGAAUUUAAUUUAUUACUUAUAUUAAAUUUAUUUUGAAAAUUUUAUCUCGUGACAUUGGAUUCUCGUCGUCGUAUUGCUUUGUUCCUUUUGCUUUUCUAACAUAGGCGUAGUAGACAAGGGUCUGGGGAGAUAAGGGGGCUGUAGCGGCAACUGUAGUUUCUCAACACUGAAAAGUUUCCAAAAAAGCGAUAAUCAGGCAGAAAUCUACCAUGAUUCAGUCAGGCAAAAUUUUCAUAAACAAUGGAUGUUGUUUGUUGGGCAACCACUUCGAUUUUUUUCUCCCCUUAUAUUAUGCCCAUGCUUAUUAUUUCAUUUCUUUAUUCAUUGUUAUUACUAUUAUUCGAAAAAUUAAGUACCUAGCCAUCAACCCACCCUGUGAGUAAUACGAUAUGAUAUGAUAUUAAACACAAUACCCAAUUUAUAGGUUUUUUACAAGCCACAAUCGAGCGUGCCAAGUGCACGUACGUGAUUUUUUUGCACGAAUUUUAUGUGCAUGCCAAUUUUCAACGAAUUGAUCUUUUUCACUGCUUUCAAAACAAAGGAAUCAAAGACCUUGCAUGCGGUACUGUUUCGUUGAGAUAGGCAUAUAGGCCUAGCCUAGCCCAACCUAGAUAAAUUUUAGAACAUUUCUGGGCUGUCUUUCUGCAAGAAUUAUCAAGAGAAGAUGUAGGUAUUCGCAAAUUCUGCGAAGUUUAAAACGUCUAAAGCAUUGAUUAGAUCUAAGUAUCACGUACACAACAACACGUAAAGAAAGUUUUGCCGUGAGAAAGAAAGUUUUGCAGUGAGAAAGAAAGUUUUGCCGUGAGAAAGAAAGUUUUGCCGUGAGAAAGUAAGUUUUGCCGUGAGAAAGUAAGUUUUGCCGUGAGAAAGAAAGUUUUGCCGUGAAAAAGAAAGUUUUGCCGUGAAAAAGAAAGUUUUGCCGUGAGAAAGUAAGUUUUGCCGUGGCACCUGUGGGCCACCGUAACUUGCUAUUGGUUCCAUGAAAGCUUUCAAUUUAUUCUUAUCAUAAAGUGGAUAGUUCACCAUGAAAAUCAUUCACAGGACCACACGUUAUUUGAAUUAAAGGAUAUCAAUUUGUCUGGAAUUAGAUAUUUUCGACGAGAGAUUGAGGGGAGGAGGGUCUAAUCUCUUUUAAGUGAAUUUGUGGCUGGAGAUCUGAGAAAUUUCAAACAGAUUUGUGGAGUCAUAGGGUGAGUUGCGUAUUUAAAUAAAGAAUAGUAUUGCAAAGACAUGCCUGACAAGUGUUAAAGAUCGAAUAGUUGUUGUAGAUGGAAUAGUUUUGUUAUAUUGGCUUUGGCUAUCUAUAGUUUUGUUUACAGCCCAACCUUUCAUUGUAUUUGUAUUGUAUUGUAGAUUAUUUGAUGUUAGUUUUACAAUAGCGAAUAUACACUAUUUAAGACUAACAUGAAGCAAUUUCAAGGAUUGCAUAAGACAGUUCAUUUACUGCAAAACGAGCAUGCGCACUUGUUUUCAAGGAACCAAGUUUUGAUCAAAUUCUUAAAUUGUCGGGUAUUUUGUGCUGUCUUUAUUGAUUUCGGGAGUGAAUUCAAGAUUUUAGGCCCUUGAACACUUAAGGAUCUGAUACCAUUAUUUGUAGUUCUGGCUUUUGGAAUGUCAAAGGGAUUUUUGAGUCGAAGGUUAUGACCUGUUGUUUUGGGUACAAAAUAGUCUUUCGUGAAAACAGAAUUAAGGUUGUUAAGUGUUUAUAAACUUCGAGCGCUAGAAUUCUAACUGAUUGGACAUGUAUGGUAGUUUCUUUUGAGUUAGCAAGUAAAUCUUUGUACGACGAUGAAUAGUCCGAAUAGGCUAGUUUUCAGUUUAGGGUACGGGUGUGAGUCACUUAAAGCUUUUCUAUUUGACAUUUAUUCAUUCCGACGCAGUGCAAUAUGCACUUCAUCUCCCUACGGUUGCGAGUUUAUAAAUUUAAAGGCUUUGCUGAUAUUCUGCAAUGGCGCAGCGAUGGGGAAGCAAAAGUUCUCUUUGAAAAUUCUCUUUGAAGAAGGGUGUUUUCUGGCGUUCAAAAGGGUGUAGACCCCAAAUUCCUCCUUUGCCUCCUAAUCGGCUCGACUCGCCUUUGCCUCCUAAUCGUUCCACGCUGGCAACGCUACUGAUGUUCUGUACCGUACCUCUUUUAAAUUAUACAUCCAUUGACAGUCUGCCAACUACAGAGAGUAUGCUGGUCAGUUUUCCACAAACCUGUCUCUGUAGCAACUUACUGCCAACUGCGCAUGAACCGUAGUCCUAGGUUAGAUGAUCUCCUUGAUUUGCUAAGUCUAUGAGCUUACAAUAAGUUAGACAGGUGCAGCUGCGUAGGUUGGAAGUUUUAGAAAGCAGAGUUGAUCGAAGUGGUCCAAGCUUGGAGGGGAAUCCAUUGCUUUCCCAAGAAAAUAUUGUGACCACAUCCUUUGUAACGCAGUAAACCGUCCCUAUUUGUAACCCUUUUUCAAUUAAGGUAUACCAUUAUCUUUGCAUUAACACACUGCGGAUUUGCACUUUUCUCUCAUACCAAGUUUCUAGGGGUUGGUGGGGUGUUGUUGACUGUUUGUCUUAUAAUGAGAGCUGUCCAUUUAACGAAGAUCUGUUCAACAAUAGCUCUUUGCUGUAUAUUUUGAAAAAAACUUUCAUGUCCAGUUUGAACAAUUACGUAGAUUAAUGCUUAUUAUUAUUAUUAUUAUAUGUUGUUGUUGUUGUUAGUAUUUGCCUUACUAAGAUUUGUAUUUUAGGUUUAUAUUUAAUUUUUUAGAAAAAACGUUUUGGUGUAGAAGUCAUCACAUAAAUUAGUUUCAAACUUCAAAUUGAACACUUCGUGACCAUGAUAACAUUCAGAACCUUUGUAAGAAUUUUAGCUUAUUAGAUUCUCUAUUUAAAACUGAUGUGCUACCUAAACUUACAAUUAAUCAUUUGGUCUUUUUGUCUUAAAGGCACUUUGUCCCAUCAGACAACCGCUCAGAGGCGUUUAUGAUCGAGAAAAUAUUGAGAAUUAGCUGAUUGGAUACGUAACAAUAGGUCUAUUGUGUAGUCCAACCAAUGGGAAAUUUAAUUCACAAACUAGCAAGCUCCCUGUUAGACUUUGUUGAUUCUUUCUCGGGUUAGCCUGAUAUCUGUUUAAACUCGUACCCCUCAUUUCCAGCCACCCCGAAACAGAUCAAAUCAGCAAAUAUGGACGAAAUGGCUAAAAAGAUUGAAAUCAGGUAAAAAAUAGUCAAUAACAAAAUACCUGGUACAAUUCCAUUAAAAUGAAAUAAAAAAAUAAUCCUGCAUUGCUCUCGAAGUAAAACAGUUUUGGAUUUUCUUCGAGUCGAGCGAGAGGAUCUGACCUUAUAUGGAUCCAUGAAGUGAAAUUGAACAGGUCCAAGAAAAAUGCUUAUAAAGGGAAUUAAAAAUCACACGCUAGAUUCUCGUUUGAAGGGACCAGGGCCGUCGAGAGGCAAGCCUUGUUGGGGGGGGGAGGGGGUGUGGACUACCUGAUUAAAAAAUUUUUGCCUGAAAUUCUUUAUUUACUGUUACAAACCUCUGUAAUACAUUUUGUCAAUUUAACUCUGUAUGUAAUUAGCAACUAUUCAUUUUAUACGAUAAUAGCCGACUUUCCUAAUAGUUUUGUCAAAUCUCUAUAUUGGAAAGGGUAAAGGGUAUAGCUACCACCCGUACAAUUUCGUCGCGGUCUUGAAAAAUACCAUGUUGUCAGUUACUUUUAAAGCUAGGUGACAAGAAGCACUGGUUGUCAAUUUAGAUCCCUCUUUCUAUCUUAGCAUGCCUUUUGAAUGUUAGAAUAAAUCUGGAGCUGUUAGUGAAUUGCAGUUGAUGCUUCUACCGAGAAACUUUAGAGGAAAUGGACACAAGACACAAUUUUAUCUAAAGAGAGCCUGGAUUUUUAAAUUUAGUGCCAACAAGAAAUCUACAAAUCUUCAAAUCAUUAGUUUGUUUACCUUCAUUUAUAUCAAGGAAUAUCAGAUUUGACCAUACGGGCAACUACCUUUGCUUGAUCAUUUCCUGGCUUUAUGACAUAAAAGUCUCUGAAAUACCUAAAGCGUUUCUUCCACCGAGUGGAUUUUUCCUGAAAUUUCCUAUUGAGAUACUUUUGUGACACCCUCCUCCCCCCGAUCGCGACGCCCCUGGAAGGGGCUGCCAUGUUAAGUAUGUCGUUUACAGUUGACUGCUAGAAUAAUGUUUUAUACCCUAGUUU